GACACAAAAACAAACUGGGAAGCAAAAUUUUCAAAUUCGAAGAGCAAUUCCGGCAAAUUGUUAGCAGAGAAUUAAAUUCAGUUGGCUACAAAGAGCAUACCAAUGGCACCAAAAGUUGUUCGUUUCGUGCAGGAUCAGAACCUCAAUGUUCACUCUGCUGGAGUUUCUGUUGCGGGAAAGGGUGAUGCAUCCAAAUCAACAAAGAAAGGCAGACUUGGUGGAAGGAAACCUUUGGGAGACCUAUCCAAUAGGGGGAAGCCUGAUAUGGUUAGCAAGGCAUCAAGAAAGCCUGCUCUCACCAAUUUUCCUGAAAUCAUUGCUGAUGCAAGCAAUAAGAAAGGCUUAUCUAAGACAUCUGGUAAAGUGCAGACCAAGCGAAAGCCUCUAACUGACGUGUCCAAUUACACAGUGAAACCACAAACUUCUACUGUUGUGAAAGAGGAAUCUUGUUGUAAUUAUGAGAAGGAAGGUUUCCUGCAUGACCAUGAACAGUGCGUUAAAGCAAUGAGAGAGGGUACCCAGAUGGAUGAAAUGGAUAUAUUUCUGAUGAUAAAUGGACCAACUCCAUCCAAGCAGCUUUCAUCUCCACCAAAAGCUUCCGAGUUAACCAAAUUUGAGCAGGAGUGUCUAAUAACAUACUUGAAAGAGAUACCUGAGGAUCAAUACACCUUGCUGCCUAUCAUGAAGGAUUCAGUUUCCUCACCCUUUUGUUCUCCACUUCCUUCACCAGAUCACUAUACCAACUUGCUAUCUGGGGAGGACUGUGAUUUUCAGCUGAUGGAAUCGCCAUAGUUUCCAAGGCACUGCUUCCAAACUGUGUACUAUGUGAUCACCAUAGUUUCCAAGGCCCUGCUUCC